AUGAACAAUUUUGCUGACAUGAUUUUCGCUACCUGGGCAGCCACAACAGGGCCUAUCAUAGCCAUCGGAACCAGCAAGAGAAAGGACUCGAAGUUCACCGACAUCCCGGGAUGGCCUAUAAUCGGACAGAUUCCCGCAGUGAUUUCGAAUUUCUCACAUCCUCUCGAAUUGGGGAUGAAGAGACACUUGAGGUUUGGACCAGGCUGGAGUGUGACGAUGCCUGGGCUGAGGCUGGUAGAUGUCAGCAAGCCUGAAUGGCUCGAGCACAUCCAGAAAACAAAUUUUAACAAUUAUGUCAAGGGUACUCGUUUCCACUCGGUAAUGACUGAUGUCUUUGGAAAUGGCAUCUUUGUCACUGACGGCCCGCAAUGGAAAAGCAGUCGGCAAAUUUUAGCACCUCUUUUUACUGUCAAAGCUUUCAAGGCUUGCAUAUCACCGACCCUCAGAGUCAAUCUUGACAGCUUACUCGAAGGCAUGGAGCUUGCUUCCGAGGUUCGGCCGACAGUGGAUCUUUGUGACUUCCUGUUCAAGUUCACAUUGAACUUCAUUGUAUACGCGACCUUGGGGAAAGAUAUGGGUCAACUCGACCAUCUUCAUAUUCCUUCGAUCCGGCCUUCAGCCCCCUCGCCAGAUUCCAUGUUUGUUGAUGCAUUCGAUUUCGCUCAAAACCAGCUCGACUUUCGAUUUUCGAUCAUCACUCUUUGGAAAGUCUUCGAAAAAGUUAAUGUACGCUUAGGAAGGAAGAUUAGGUCUGCAUGUGAGACUCUUCACCAAUACGCCUCCUCGUUAAUCGACGAACGGCUGGCCAGCUAUGAUCAAGACGCCCAAAGGUAUCACGAGACCCCAACCGAUCUCCUGGGAUUUUCCAUCAAAAUUCGCAAGGAGAUGGGUGGUGAGUUGGGUCAGGAAGAGUUGAAAGAUGCCUUCUUGAACCUCAUUAUUGCUGGUCGAGAUAGUACUGGGGAAGCUCUUACAUGGGCGUUUUACCACCUACUGAUGAACAAGGAUCUUGUGGCUAAGAUAAGGGAGGAAGCCAGUGAAAUCACCGGUAAAGAUAGAGCCGGUCAGGUCACGUAUGCGAAUAACAAGGAAUUCAAAUGGGCGCAUGCAGUUGUCCUGGAAACUCUUAGGCUACAUCCAAGUAUACCCAAAAAUGUUAGAUUCGCUCUCAAGGCAGAUCGAAUCCCCGGAGGGCCAGUAAUCGAGGCAGGUGAUGCUGUUAGGUGGAGUGAUUGGGCAAUUGGUCGAGAUCCUGAGGUUUGGGGAGAAGAUUGCCUGGAGUUUCGGCCGGCUAGAUGGAUCGAUGAGAAUGGAAAUAUCAAGCAGUUCAGCCAGUUCAAGUUCCACACCUUCAACGGAGGUCCAAGGGUUUGCUUGGGUAUGAACUUUGCCAUCUUUCAGUGUGUCUCUCUGAUCGUGGAGGUUUUCCAUAACUUUGAACUCGAGUUCGCCUCAGACUGGCUACAGCAGGUCCAGAAAUCACCUAUCAUCGGUGACUUUUCCACUUCAUCUAAUCUAUACCAGACACCCCAUUAUAAGCCCUCACUUACGCUGCCAAUGUCACAGCCAAUGAUAGUGACCAUCAAGUCCUACCAUGGUGACAACUAA